AUGCAACCGCAUUCGUUGGCGACGUUCAAACCGCUGCUGAGCCAACUCGUGCAGAGUCUACCUGUCCCUCCCCCGCCCACCGGUCAGCUCCGUGACCCUGCAGAGCCCCUUUCUCAGGAGCAGUUAGAGGCUCUGUUGGAGCACCUCAGCGAUGUCACAUUUACGCAGGACCCCGCGAACAGUGCUGCGAUAGGCUCAGCACUCACAGCGCUGCGCUUGUCUGGGCUCGACAUGCGUCCAAGUACUCUUGCUUUCAUGCGCCAAAAGUUCAUCGAGCAGAUCCAGCCAUUUGAUGUGCCUGUACUGGAAGACUCGCCCAGCACCGACUAUAGAGGCUGGGUCGAUAUCGUAGGCACGGGCGGCGACGGCAAGGACACAUUUAACGUCUCUACGACGGCCAUGUUUAUCGCAGGCGGCGUCAAUGGGAUGCAUGUUGCCAAGCAUGGUGGAAAAGCAUCGACUUCUCCCUCUGGCUCCGGCGAGCUUCUCAUGAGUCUAGGCUUACCAUUACUGCAAGUGCCAUCGGAUGAAAUGGUCAAAUCACUGUUCCACUGUUCAUGUACAUUUCUGUUUGCUCCGAUGUUUCACCGUGCCAUGAUGCCUCUCGCGCCAAUCCGCGCGUCUCUUGGAUUCCCUACGCUGUUCAACAUUCUCGGCCCUCUUAUCAACCCCAAAUCCACGUGCCGCGGCUUGUACGGCGUGCAUAGCUCUGGUCUUGGCCGCAUCUAUGCCGAGACGCUCUACAUGUCAGGCUUGGAAUACUUUUGGGUCGUAUGUGGCGAGGAAGGCCUAGAUGAGCUCAGCCCCGCCGGGCCGAGUUACGUAUGGGAAGUUUCCACGAGAGGCAAGAUUGAUCACUUCACUGUCACACCUGCCGAUUUUGGUCUGCCCUCGCAUACACUCGAGGAGGUGCGAUCAGGUACGCCAUCACAGAAUGCAGCAAUGCUGGCAUACAUGUUCCUACACCCGGACAAAAUUGAAGACGCACCUCUGAAGGAACCGCUUCAUGUGGAAUGCGACAUUGCCCAUGUUCAGUUGGAACCGAUACCUGCUGGCACGAACCUCAAGGCCAUCUAUGAUUACAGCGUUCUUCAAGCGGCUGCUCUCCUGUAUAUUGCAGGACACGGUCAAGGCGACCUAAAGGAAUGCACACACAUCGCCCAAGCCUCCAUCCAGGACGGCCGAGCGCUCGCGGCAUGGCGCCGACUCCAUGAGUUUAUGCACAGCGUCAAGUCGUUGUGA